AGUGAAUCCAACCCGCAGUCACUGAACCAGGAGCAUCUGCAGGAACAAUGAACCGGUGAACGGCGGCCGGCUGAAGGGAGGGAUUCGGUGAAACGGAGAUGAAGAGGACGUGUGAGGAGCGUGGAGGUGAUGGGACUGUACAGCAGCACAGAUUGAGCUGGAUGUCUGUGGUGUGAAUGACCUCUGACGGUACAGGGAAUUAGUCAUUUCUGAUACUUUGUUGUCUGCAGAGCCAAUCCUCUUACAGGCUGCUAAAGCGUUACAUUGACGGGCUUGUGUUGAACUUUCACCGUAUCGUCAUUAAAAUAGGCUGCACGUCUAAAGGCUAAAUUGCCUUUACUGUCUUUAUUUAUUUAUUUAUUUAUUUAUUUAUUUACAUGAAUAUGUGAUUUUUGAAUGGCCUGCAGUCUACUAGGUUUGACCAAAGAGCUGAAUAGUUACAGCAAAGUCAUUCUUUAUUCCAAUAAGGAUUAUUUUUUUUGUACUUCACCGAGGAAAUCAUUGGUGCUCCGACUACAGGGUUGAGUUUUCAUUACAGUGGAUCAUCCUUCAAUUUAAGACUCCACUACAUUGACUUUUUAUUUUUAUUUUUUUUAUAACUGAGGCACAAGCUGCUUGAUGUCAUGAGUUGGCCAUCUGUUGUGGAAACCUGCUUAAACCUGCAAGCAGAUUAACCAGUGAGAGGUUCAAGGCAUCAGUCUGGACGUUUGUGUGCCUUGGCUUCCUGGCGGAGGAGGAGGAGGGAUGCUGAGGGCCAUCGUGGGAUCGGUGGAGCAGAGGGAUGAGGAGCAGGAGGAUGAAGGCGAAGAAGAGCUGAGGGACGGAGGAGUGCCUUUCUAUGUGAACAGGGGAGGCCUCCCGGUGGAUGAGGAGACUUGGGAGAGGAUGUGGCGCCAUGUGGCUCGAAUAAACCCCAAUGGAGAAGCUCUGGGGAAGGAGAUCCGGGCUGCCACUGACCAUCCCAAGAUUCCGAUGCCGAGUGUGCCUACAUACCAACCUACCACCGCUAUCCCACAGCGCCUGGAAGCCAUACAGAAAUACAUCAGGGAAUUGCAGUACAAUCACACUGGAACACAGUUUUUUGAAAUUAAGAAGAGCCGGCCUCUUACAGCGUUGAUGGACAUUGCUAAGGAGAUGACGCGGGAGGCCCUUCCAAUCAAAUGCCUGGAGGCGGUGAUCCUGGGGAUUUACCUCACCAACAACAUGCCCGGUGUGGAGCGCUUCCCCCUCAGCUUUCAGUCUCAGUUCUCAGGGAACCACUUCCACCACAUCGUGCUGGGAGUUCACAUCGGAGGGCGCUUCGGUGCGCUGGGCAUCAGCCGGAGGGAGGACCUCAUGUUCAAGCCCCUGGAGUUCCGGACACUGAUGGACUUGGUGCAGGAAUUCGAGGGGGCCUACAGGGGCUAUUGGCACACCCUGCGCAAGGUCAGGAUCGGCCAGUACGUGUCCCACGACGCUCACAGCGUGGAGCAGAUUGAAUGGAAACAUUCCAUACUAGAGGUAGACAAGCUGACCAAGGAGGAGCUGCGGAAGGAGCUGGAGAGACACACUCGAGACAUGAGGCUGAAGAUAGGAAAGCCUGCACCACCCUCUCCCACCAAAGAUAGGAGAAACAGCAUGGGUUCACCCCUCAGAGGACCAAGCAGCCCCAUACGCAGGAUCAGCCGCGUUGAGAGACGUCCCUCUGGAGAGAAGAAGGUCUUGGAGCAAAAAUCGGCUGCAGACAUGAAUGGAUACCAGAUUCGUGUCUGAAGAACUUUCAUUUGCUCGUAAAGUUACAAGUUACCACACAGGUGUUUCACAGGGACACUGAUUUACUGCGAGGAUUAAUUCCUUAUACACAUUGUCCUAUUCACGGGUCGCAGUGUUGAAUAGGUCACCAGCAACUUUCCUUCUCAAAACAGAUGCCUCACUCAGCUCCCCUACAUCUACGUUGUAAUAGGCUUCUUCUGGAGUAGUUACUGCGCAUAGUGAUUGGUGCUGGCAGCGUUCCCAAUUUGUUAAAGGGGACAAAAGUGCAGCACUUUGUAAACAUUUUAAAUAACUGCAGUUUUAAGAAUUUAACUUAACUUAAAAUAUGACUCUUCACCGACGCUGGGCGAGACCACCACUCAGUGUAAUUGUGCUACUGGACAUAUCAUAGGUUUCUGUGGUGUUAUUAUGUUCAACAAUAGCUCUUAUGCGAUCUAUAUCGUCGUACUGUAAGUGUGCAAAUACAUGUAAUGUGAUUUUAAAAUCCACUUAGGCUCUGCUGGGCAGCAAUUGCUUGUGUAGUGACUAGAUUGCAAACCACUACCCUUGUGCCUUGUAUGAAAACUCAAAGAGAAGAAAAACACUUUUUUAUAUCCAACCCAUUAUUCUCAUUGUCUAAAUAAACACAAAGCGGUGUAAUCUCUGCUCUUCCAAAAUGCUGAAAGUGUAUGAAAGUAAAUUGUGUGAGACAGUUUUUAUCUCAUUUCCAAAUGCUAGCCCAUUUAGCAUGCUAUAAAGACUGAAUAUGGGAUUGAACAGACAAUAUACAAAAGUAUAUUUAAGAGUGUUAAGUCAUCUGUAGCGUGAUUAUAUGUGAAACAGGAGUUUGAAUAUAAAAAAACUUUCACAUGAACUGAGAAGAUUAUCAAGGGAACGCAGCUGACUGACCUUAUCUGCAUUUAAUUUAGAUGUGAAGUAACGAGAAGUUGAUGUAUAACUGCUUUAUAUAUAUACAUUGUUUCUAACUUUUAUUUGUAGCAACUUUAUCUGAUAUUUCACUUGCCUUAAGUGGUGUGACUUCCAUUUAAGCUAAGGUGUAAGGAACUUUGUUUACAGCACUUUUAUCGGCAUUUUGUAUUUUUUUUUAUUGGAAAUUCUGUCAUUUUUAUACUUCCUUCAGUGUUGGCGACCACCAGUAGACCAAUAUUUACCACACACUUGUGAAUAUGUUGCCACAGCUGACAUUUGUAUGUGUACAGUAGGUGUUUUUUUCCAUUUUCAUUUCAGUGCUCUAGUGUAACACAAUCAUUUUGUACCAAAAGACUGUUCAUUUACAAUAUCACAAUAAAGGGUCACAGGAAUUGUGGCAACACAAUUUUUUC